UGUUAGGACGGCGCAUGCGCACUCGUGUCCACAACUCUCCAGUCCGGCCCACAGGCGCAGACAUCAACAAGAGACGCGUAGUCCCGUUUGAAAACACAAACCCUAAACGGAAUACUACUUUUGUUUUCGCCAACUUUACACAACUUUGCAAGAUGUUUGGCUUCCACAAGCCAAAAAUGUACAGGAGUUUGGACGGCUGCUGCAUCUGUCGAGCAAAGUCCUCCAGCUCUCGCUUCACGGACAGCAAGCGCUACGAGAAAGACUUCAGGAGCUGUUUCGGAUUGAGCGAAACGCGGUCUGGAGAAAUCUGCAACGCUUGUGUGCUCCUGGUGAAGCGAUGGAAAAAGCUACCGGUGGGAACAAAAAAGAACUGGAACCACGUGGUUGAUGCUCGAGGUGGUCCCAGUCUAAAGUUGACCUCCAGGCCCAAAAAGAUCAAGUCCAUCAGCAAGAAAGCCCGUCCGAGCCAGAUCAACAGGCUGCAGAAAGAGCUCAAAAGAAACAAUUCCGACGCACAUAGCACCACAUCCAGCGCUUCCCCAGCUCAGUCUCCCAGCUACAGCAAUUUGUCCGACGACGGCUCGGACACUGAGCUCAGACAAGGGUCUGGCCGCUCACCUGUCUUCUCCUUCCUGGAUCUCACCUACUGGAAGAGACAAAAGGUGUGUUGCGGAAUCAUCUACAAGGGUCGCUUCGGUGAGGUUCUCAUCGAUCCCCACUUGUUCAAGCCAUGCUGUCGCAAGAAGCAGCAGCAACAACAACAACUGCGGCAUGAGGAAGAGGACGAAGAUGAAGAGGAUGAUGACGAGGUUGAGGAGGAGGAGGUGGAAGUUGAGGUGGGAGAUGUGCCCGUCAGCCGCGUGACGUCCACAUCCGAGGAGGAGCAGCAGGCAACGGAGACCACAAUGACGAAGGCGGAGGUAGCGCCGGCGGCGGCACAGCUAUGCGUUACCGUGGUGACGACGUCAGAAGGAAGCUGGUAAAGUCGCAAAGGUCUCCUACGCACAUUCCCCCACCCCGUCCUCCUCAAGCACUUGCAAGGCGCGUCACGCUGCCUUCGGUGAUUUAAAGCAGCUGAAGAUCUUCUGGUCUUCUUUGUCAAAAGGCUAGAGAUUUUUUUUGAUGUAUUGGACCAUUGUUUCCCAACCUUUAUUGAGCCAAGGCAUAGACAUGGUUAAAACAAUCACACACAUCACACUAUCAAAAAAUGUCCCGAAAGUGAUGAUACGGUAUUGAAAAGUUACAAAGGAACGUACAUUUUCCAGAAAGUUUCCAUUAAGAUGGGCAAUUUUUUAUGAUAUAUUCCUGUUUGGGAACCUUCCCUCUAAAUCGCAGCGGUGCCUUGUAAUUCAAGUUGCAAAUCAACUUACUCCAUUGAAAUGAACUGAAAUGCCAUUAAUCUGUUCUAGCCUCCGCCCCCAACAAACAUGUUUGCAAUCUGUAUUUUUUUUAAUUAGAGGAAACUACCGCUCUUUAUUGUACUUUCUAAAGACAUGAGAACAUUAACUGGAUUCAAAGAAUCAAGCAGUUUGUGCUCAUGAUUAAUCAAUUGUGGCUCCCUCUGCUGUGCAUGACUUGGCCACUGGGGGAAAUUAUGAUAGUCAUGCAGACACAAACAAAGAUGAUUUUUCACAAAUGUGACUGACUUGAUAAGUGGCACGAAUAUUGAUGACACAGAAUUAUAUGCCCGUGAUUAUUGUUAUAUUGUCAGUCAUUGUAAGCAUUAAGAUGAAUUGAGUUUGGGUGCUUUAACACUUUGUAUGAGUCUCUAUGUCAAUAACUCGACUCUUAUCUCACGUCACAAGUAUAAUAGAAAGUACUUAAAGGCACCACUGUAACUUGGAAUUGAGGGUUAUUUUGGGGGGGAAAUUACCACAUUCAUGCACAUAUACAAACAUUUUGUUUUGCCAUAAGGCAUUCGUCCAAAACAACAACAAGCAGGACAUUUCAACAGAUUUUUGUUAGCGGAACUUCACAAAGUUAAAGUUCCCUAUUAGAGCCAACCUUGAGUUUUGUAUUGUCAUUUUAACCACAUAAACACAUCCCCGUUGCCACGGCAUACUGGUUGGGAAUCACUGAACUGUAUCUGGCAGUUAAAACUGAUGCCUUUCAUCUUGUACUGAGUCUCACCCUUCUGACAAAUGGACCAUCUCAAUUUUUUGUCUUUAGAUACAUGCUGGACUUUUAGUUUGCAGGUACGUUUAGAUCCCACAAUGCCAUAUCGUCAAUCCUUAUAUCUUCCCCAAGACCUCUGUGUUACUUUUAGGUUCAUCAGCAACAAUUUUGGAUGUAAUCCUCAAAAGAAUGAGCACAUUUAGACAAACACACACACACAGCCCUUUUGUCAUGAAAGAAUUUAAGAGACUUUGAAGUUUUCUUUGUGUUUCGCCUUCUAGAUGCGCCGUGAUCCACCAACUAUUCUGCUCAUUUUUUUUGGUCACCCCACUCCCGUAAUGUUAUUCGGUAAAAGACGAUUGAGAUAUUUCUGAGAUAGUGUUGAUAUGAUUUGUCCUCGCUAGUAGAAAAAGAGUUGUACUAGUAGUUUCGUUCACUACUUUAUGACGGUUGACUAGGACAUCGAUGUAGAACUAGUGAGUCAAAACUGACAUCUGCAGGCUACUAGUACUAUGAGUGAAAUUAUUAUUAGUAUGAUUUUAUUUCAGGGGCUUGCAGUCAUCAUCUAGUCUUGCGUGCAGUUUUGCCUCAAUAGUAAAAAACAGUUGUCCUAUUAGUUUGCCAAAGUUCUUUAACAAAGCGGAUUAGUGUGACGUGUGUGCAAACACUGACUGAGCUGUGCUCCAGUUUGAAAGCAGGCAGGCCUAUUCACAGCUUCAACAGCAAAUGCACCAGCCUUACUCGCAGCCUACAGUGUCUCUCUUCCUCUCUCGCGCACACAACAUGCUUAUAGUGUUCCUUCCCAAUCAAUUUUGACGAACAUGAGUGAAAGACAGAGGGGAAAAAAAAGGGCCAGUCGCGUUUAUUUAUUGUGGCCUCAGCAACACAUAGUGCAUUUGUUUGCAUAACUGGCAAAGCCCACUCAUCCAAAAGACCCCCACGAUCUGAUGCGUGAGUCGAAUAAAUUGCAUGGCCUUAUAGAAAGUGUAAAUCUUACUUAGUUUAAUUCUUGUUUUUAUUUUGGAGCAAUUUCUCUUGAUGAGAUUAUUUUUGUAUGCAAACAGGGAAAAAAACAAAUGUGGGGAAAAAAUAGAAGUGUCUUUGCCUAACAAUAACACACACCACGACAGCAAAAACAGAGAAUCAACUUUUCAGCAAUAUCGAUAUCAACCAUUUCUGUCAUUCCCCGGUCAGUAUAUGAUGUAAAAGUAACUUUAUACACGCUUCUGGAGAGCUGUUCCUCCAGUUCCAUUUUUUUUAUAUCAAUCUUAAGAGCCAUGUACAUGUAGUACACUAGUUGUCUUCACUAGGAAGACAAUUUGGAACGCUAUUAGGAUAUCUAUUCUACUGUAUCUCCUGUCAACUAAUGACAGUAUUUCCUCAAAUAUGAAAUGAAUGAAUCUUAAAAUGAACAUUAUCGUCUAUAAUUUACCUAAUAUUCAAUUUUAAGAUUGCACUAGUAGACCAAAAGUGGCCCAAGUGGUGACCAAAAAAAACCCAACUUUACUACUGAGGCAUUUGUGUUAUAGUAGUGCCAUGAAUUGUAUACUAGUACAUGGCCCUUAAGAUGGAUUUUGUUGAUAUCAAAUACAUGUUCUAAUGGCUUUGGACACAAGCUAAAAUUCUAUGCCAAUGCUCUUGUAUACCACAAAUGUGUUGUGAUACCUCCAGAUAUCAUCUAUUUUGUAAAAAUCGGUUUGAGAGAGGUGGAUUUUUUUUGUGUAUUUAUUUUUUUCAAUUUUUGACACUGAUCACUUGUGUAAUAAAAGAUCUUUCUAGGAUUUUGCUUACCUAAAUGUUAGGGACACCUCCAAGCGGCAUGCAAACUGACCGAAAGAGAAAUUUUCUUAAUUUUUCUUUCUGUGCUUGCUUAAUAACUGGACAAGUGAGCGUAGAAGAUGACUAUUCAUCAAGUGGAAACCAAAGCACAUUAAAAUUCCUCUCUUUUGCCCCCCAAUGUCAAAAGCAAUGCAGGUUUUCUAAGGAUACUUGUGCUUGUCUGAGGUCAUUUGUAUGUAUGUUUGAUGUUCUUAAAAAAAAAAAGGAAGAAAAAAAGAACACUAAUAUGACAUUUCAUAUUGUAGUUGGGAGGCAGCUGUUAGAUUAUGUAUAUAUUACAAUCUUGGGUGGGCCCUGAAAUUGUUUGGUUAUUUAUUUAUUUCAUAUUUAUUUCUCUCUCGUUGCAUCCCUGCUUCUUGAGUUGUAAUACUUGCUCUGAAUUCUUUCCAUCUCAAGCGGCCGCAUCGUGAACUUUAGCUGCGCAAAUUCUCCCGUGAGAUUUGCGGUCACAUCAAAUGACUCGGUUGUCCCUACUUGUGUAGUGUUACAUAUUUAUUUCCUUGUCAUUUGACUCGUGUACAACCUAACUUAUUAUCUGCCGUCAUUACUUUAGAUGUGUGUCACCGUAGACUGAGCAGCUGGUAGAUUGCAACAGAACUGUAUUCCACUCUCCCUGUUUUUAGUCCUGUAGCUUAGACGAAGAUCACUAGGAUCCACCGCGCUAGACUAUGCAUGGAUUGUUUGCUUCGCAUUUAUUUCGCUUACACGUUAGAGGACGCGCUUUUGUAUUUUUUAUACAUCAUGUACUUUUUUUACUUGUCCCUUAAUAAAAGUAAUUUUGUGAGUUUUA